GCUUACCGCAGCCCCGGGAGGUGGGUCCCAGCCUCGCCCCCACGUUCCGCCGCCUCCAGGAGGCCGCCCGGGCGCGGCGGCGGCGGCGGCGGCAUCUUCUCUGCCACGCGCAGGCCGCAGCGCGGGGACCCAAGCUGCUGCCCGCGAGCGGCAGUCGCCAGUAGAAUUGGACAGACAGGUCCUGUAAGAGCCUGUGGCUUUUGUUGUAAACGUCUAGAGGUUCAAUUAAAUUACAAGAUCUACCAGAUCUACCGGCGGGCAGAAUUAUUACUUUGAAGUUACUGAAGUUAUGCGUCCUGCUGGAAGACCUUGUAAUUUAAUGCGUUAGUAAAGAAGCACAUAUCACCGUCUCACACAUUUUCAACAAUAUUUUUAAAGUCGCCUGUCAACAUAUUACAUGAAUUUUGUAAUCCUCUGUGUUUUAGUUCAUGCAGUUGGAAGUAUCCAUUUGAGAAGGGACAAAGAGAAGAAUUCCUGCUUGUCUGGCUGUGCCACCACCUGCUCUUUGUGACCUUGGAUAGUUACCUCACUUCUAUGUCCCCAAGUCCCCCACCCAUGGAAAAAGGCAGAACGUUCCUCCGCUGGCGCCAGCCAAUCAGCAGGACUCCUGCCUUCCUUCAGGGCAAGGUCGCAGCAUCUGCCUCGGAAAUCACGGGGCUUCUUCCUGCUGGCUCAGCUUGGAGGCCCAGAGUGUUCUGCAGAGGCUGCGUAUUGAAGGCUGCUCUCUGAAGCUCCCUGCCCCAGGUCAGGCCACCAGUUCCAGAUGAAUCCGGAGUGGGGGCAGGCCUUCAUGCACGUGGCCGUGGCCGGUGGCCUCUGUGCUGUGGCCGUGUUCACAGGCAUUUUUGACAGCGUCUCCGUGCAAGUGGGCUAUGAGGACUACGCCGAGGCGCCGGUGGCUGGUCUCCCUGCCUUCCUGGCCAUGCCGUUCAACUCACUGGUGAAUGUGGCCUACACGCUACUAGGGCUAUUCUGGCUGCACAGGGGCGGCACGGUGGGGCCGGGUCCCCGCUACCUGAAGGAUGUGUUCGCAGCCAUGGCCCUGCUCUACGGCCCUGUGCAGUGGCUGCGCCUAUGGACGCAGUGGCGCCGCACCGCCGUGCUGGACCAGUGGCUCACCCUGCCCAUCUUUGCGUGGCCUGUCGCAUGGUGCCUCUACCUAGACCACGGCUGGCGGCCCUGGCUGUUCCUCUCCCUUGAGUGCAUCUCCCUGGCCAGUUACGGCCUUGCUCUGCUGCAUCCCCAGGGCUUCGAGGUCGCACUGGGUGCUCAUGUGGUGGCCGCUGUGGGGCAGGCGCUGCGCACCCACAGGCACUAUGGCAGCACCACCUCGGCCACGUACUUAGCUUUGGGGGUGCUCUCUUGCCUGGGCUUUGUGGUCCUCAAGCUGUGUGACCAUCAGCUCGCACGGUGGCAUCUCUUCCAGCGCCUCACAGGCCACUUCUGGUCCAAGGUCUGUGACGUGCUCCAGUUCCACUUUGCGUUUUUGUUUCUGACGCAUUUCAACACUCACCCAAGAUUCUGUCCCUCUGGCGGGAAGACACAUUGAACUGUGGGAAGAACCUGCUGAAAACCGACGACCCCCGGCAUUGAAACGGACUCUGAGAUGGUGCCAGUGUGGGGCAUCCUACGUGUGAUGAUACGCACUGAUCACACAGGACUGCCCUUUCCUGAGAAGCUGCGGGCUUUGGUGUGGAGGGAUGGAGUGCUGUGACCUCGACAACCUACUUUCAAAGACAUAAAGCAAAGAUCUUGGCACAAGGGAUGUGGGUGUUCCUGAUGUAAUUCUCAUAACUUUCCUGUAGUUUGAAAUGUUUCCAAAUAAAUAUUGGCAAGGGGAGUGGAAAUGACACCAAGAAGCCCCUUGCGCUCAUGGUUGGACGGAGA